AUGUGUAAAGAUAUAUUAAAAAAACAGGUAACAUGUGAAAUAGUUACAGUUAGCUUAGAAGGGCAUGAGAAAAAAUGUAAUAAAAUAUAUAGUCUUUCAACUUCAAUCACACAUCUUAAUGAACACCUUAAUACAAAACAUCAGAUUUUCCCUUCUAAUCAAUAUAAAAAAAAUUCAAAGGGACAAACCAUAAUUGAGAUGGAUAAUUCAAUUCAAACCAUACCUUUAAUAUUUUCAAAAAUGGACUCUCACAAACCAGAAAAACAACAAUGUUUGCAAUUCCGUUUGGCUGCAUGGAUUAUUGAAGAUUGCCAAUCUUUAGUAGUUAUGGAGGAACAAAAGUUUCGUGAAUUUUGCUAUGAAAUGGAUCCUCGCUUUAAGGUUCCUGGACCUGCAUUAGUUAAAACAACAAUUCAAAAAUCAGUACUUUUUGCUAAGAAUAAAUUACAUGACUUAAUAUCUAAUCCAAUGGAGACAUUUUCUUUUACACCCGACAUGUGGACUGGCAUGCACCAUCCUUAUAUUGGUGUAACUAUUCAUUGGCUUUCAAAAAACUUUGAUUUGAAUCAAGCAGUUUUAACUAUAGAAGAAUUUCCUUAUCCACACACUGGAGAACAGACAACUGAUAAUGAUAAAUCGAUUGUUAAAGGAAUGCAGCUUCUUGCAGUACCUCAUAUACACUGUACUGCUCAUACGAUUCAACUAGCCAUUAAAGAUGGACUUAAUGCAUGCAAAGAUCUUUUAAUUAAAGCUAAAGAACUAAAUAAUUGGUUACCGCUAUUGGGAGAUGAAGAUUCAGAAUUGGACUUAUUUGAAUUAGUUCAACAAAAUUUUAGUAUAGAAACAACAUUAAAUUUUUAUCCCAACAUUAAUACUAGGCAAACAGAAAAACAAUCAAAUAUAGUAGAACCAAUUCGUGACGUAAAGACUAGGUGGAACUCCACCUAUUUUGUUUUAAAAAGUUUAACUCAAUUGCGAGAUGCUACAGAACAGCUUGCAAAAUCUUUAUAUCAGCAGCCUGAGUUACCACAAAAAAAAGAUGGCCAAACAACAAAAUUAAUUGGAGGAGCCCAAUACCCAACACUCGGCAUGAUGCUUCCUACUAUUUCAUGUUUAUUUACCCACCUAGACCAAAUGAAAACAUCUCUUAUUUCAUCUAAUAUCUUGGAUGUUUGUUAUAAAAUUGAAGAUUCAAUGUUUGCUUGCUGGGAAACUCCCUUAAUAGAAGCUUAUAUUGCAUCUUAUCUAGACCCCUGA